ACAACAAGUAAUUAUCAAAAACAGCAACAAUGUCCGCCCACUUGCAAGGCGGAAAAGUGGACGUUUCUCUCAUACAGACUUUCGCCAGGAAAAACUUGUUGAAUCUCCUGGAAAAAUGUCCAGGCAAGAAGGCUAUUGUAUGGGACAAUUCUUUGGCUGGCCCAGUUGGACUGGUAGCUCAAUAUCGAAUACUCAGGGAACAUUCAGUUACUAAAAUGUACCCUCUAAGGGACACACCCCUGCCUGAGUCCGAUGUCGACCAUGUCAUAUUUAUAUCCAGGCCUAAGUUGCAGCUUAUGGAUUAUAUAUCGCAGAACGUGUAUGCGGAUUGUAAGACGAGGUCUGGGUCUAAAAAGUCUUAUCAUUUGUUUUUUGUACCCAAAAAGAGCCUUUUGUGUAUUGAACGGUUAAAACACAACCGAGUCCUUGGUAAUUUGAUACUUAUUGAAGAGUUUCGUUGUCAGUUAUUCCCCUUUGAUUGUGAUGUAAUGUCCAUGGAGAUUCCCGAAGUGUUCAGAGAAUACACAUUGGAGAAUGACCCUACUUAUUUAUAUCAAAUUGCCCAAGCUAUAAUAUUUUUGCAAAAGAUAUACGGACCAAUUCCAAAAGUUUGGGGCAAAGGUGUAGCAGCCAAACAGGUGUGGAACCUCGUCAACAGACUACAAAGAGAGGACGACAAGAAGAGUGAAGACAACAAAACAAACAUAACCAGCUGCAUAGACCAAAUUCUAUUAAUAGACAGAAGCAUCGAUUUGAUCACUCCUUUGGCCACCCAGCUAACAUACGAGGGCCUCAUAGACGAAAUAUUCGGCAUCAACAACUCCACAGCCAACUUCCCAAUAGAAAACUUCCUGAGCGCCGAAGAGCGCACCAGCGAGUCCCUGAACGAGGACAAGAAACAGUUGAUUUUGAACUCCGCCGAUCGUUUGUUUGCCGACUUGAGGGAUAAGAAUUUCAAUGCGGUGGGUGGCCACCUGUCGAAGCAGGCGAAAGCUAUUAGUUCGCAGAUGGAACGUAUGGCGCACGACAAGUCGGUGCACGAGAUGAAGCUGUAUGUGCAGAGGCUGCCCCAGAUGCUUGCGCAGAAGACCAGCCUGGCACAUCACACCGCAAUUGCCGAGUGCAUUAAAGAAGUGACUGACAGUUACGAAUUUCUGGAGACUUUACAAACGGAGCAAGAGUUUUUGAACUGUAUAGAAGUGGACAAGCCUUGUGGCCACAUAGAAGACAUGAUUGCCCAAAUGCAGCCACUGGUAAAAGUCUUGCGAUUGAUGUGUUUGCAAUCAGUGGCAAGUUCUGGUCUUAAGCCUAAAGUUCUGGAGGGUUACAAGAAAGAUUUGGUCCAGGUGUAUGGUUUGGAAGCUUUACUGGCAAUAUCUAAACUAGAAAAAGUCGGCUUGUUAAAGCUACAAUCAGGCACCAGGCAGUACACAGUUUUAAGAAAAGCCUUGCGAUUGACAGUGGAAGACACCUCAGAGCUAAAUCCAAAGGACAUCAGCUACGUGCAUAGCGUGUACGCCCCCCUGAGCGUCCGGAUAUGUGAACGUGCAGCCGGAACCGGGGCUGGAGGACGUGCCCAUCUUCAAGACGUCCUCGGACUACUGCCCGGACCAACGGUGGACGAAACAUUGCCCGUCAACCCUUCCAAUGGCACGUCUGACUCACCUUCUGUUGUUCUUGUGUUCUUUAUUGGCGGGUGCACUUUUGCUGAGAUUUCGGCGUUACGUUUUCUAUCGCAGCAAGAAGACUCCAACGUUGAGUUUGUGGUGGCAACAACAAAACUUAUAAACGGGGACACAUUUUUGAACACUAUCAUUGAAAAAUAGUUUUAUAUUUAAUUAUUGUAUUAAUUGAUUGUUAUAAAAUUGUUAUAAUUUCCAUUUAACAUCUCAGAAUAUGUAAUUUAUGUAUUUGUGAUAUUUAAGAUUGAAAUGUAUGCAUAAAUUUAUUAUAAUUUAAUUCUGAUUUUAAAAAUAAAUAAAACAAUUGUAUAAAUAAAGGUACCAGUGCCAUUUCCUAAGAUGUUUUAAAUUAAAUUUUGAUGGUUGAUGGUGGAUGAAACUUCCUAAGAUAUGUAUAAAAUUAAAGCAGUUGUGAGACUUCCUACGAUAUUUUGAAUAAAAAGUUUUAACACUUCCUCAGCAA